ACCCUCACUCUUUCUCUCCUCUCUGCAAAACCCUAAAAACCUCUUCUUCUUCUUCUUCUUCUUAGUAAUCCGAUGCGGUAAACCUUAUCCUUGCUUACCAUGCAUCCCCACUCCUACGCCGUCGAUUCCCUCUCCAAAUCCCAAGACCUCGCCGCCGCAAUCCUCGCCGCCGCCACCCCCGCUCAGAUCUCCUCCGCCUGCGCCUCCAUCGACUCCUUCCUGCACUCCCACUUACCUGACCAGUGCCGCCACUUCUUCUCCCUCACCUUCCCAACCCUAAUCUGCAAGCUCUUCGGCUUCGACGACGCCGUUUCAUCAUCCUCCUCCUCUCCGCCGUCACCACCGCUAUCAUCAUCAUCAUCGUCGUCAUCCAACGGCUGGAUUGACACCGUAAUCUCAUCCAACGACCCCGAUUUGGCCAACAAGGUCUUCGCUUUGCUCGCCCCUGAUGGUGUCCUCUUGAGCUCAAUCUCCGCCGUCGAUCGCCUCUCGCUCGUCAAGUACGUGUUCCCCAACGAGCGGUUGCCGGAGUGGGCCCGGUUUGUCCUCUCCUCGGAGAAAGAUUCCUGGGUAAUAUCCGAUCUUUGCCCCAUUUUCAAAGGUAGGGUUAAGGAAGAUUCAAUUAAGGGCUCUGUUUAUCAAGUUCAGCUUAAUGUGUUUGAGUAUUACAUGUUUUGGUUCGCUUAUUACCCUGUUUGUAGAGGAAACAAUGAGAAUUCGGACAAUAAUUCGGUAGUUAAGAGGAAUAGGAGGUUCAAAUUGGAGAAUUGGGUUUCUUCCAUUUCAGCCUUUUCGAGUAGUAGUAGUAGACGUAGUUCGGAGCAUAAGACAGAAUGCAAUUUCUACGUUAGGCUUCUAUAUGCGUAUCUUCACGCAUUUGUGCCCGUGAGUGAUUUGAAUUCGCACCAGCGUUACCGGAGUUCGCUUCUUCAUUACUCGCCGAGCUACGACGCUUCAAUUAUUAUGCAGGCCGAGUUCCUUGUCUAUGCUUUUAUUCACUUUUGGUUGGUUGACAAUGACUCUUCACCCUUACCGGUUGAUUUGUGCAAGUCCUUUGGUGUGACUUUUCCGUUCCGGUCGGUUUUGGGCGAGACUCUUCCGACUGCUGGGCUGGGGGAGGUGGUGAAGCUGUUUGUGAAGUAUUUGAAUUUAAGUUCUGUAGUGCAGGAAGAUGGAAAUGAGAAUGUUGAAUAUAGUAAUGGGAGUCCGAGGUGGAGGACGCCGGGUUUGUUUGAUGCUUCAAAGUCGAGGAAUGUUACAGUGCCAUCGCCAUAUGUACGGUCUGUUGGGUCUUGGAAUUUGACGAUACAGAGGCCGCUGUAUAGAUUCACAUUGAGAACAUUCCUGUUUUGCCCUAUGGGCACUUCAAUAAAAAAUGUGUCCGAUGUAUUUUCAGUUUGGAUUUCUUAUAUAGAACCUUGGAGGAUCAGCUUGGAUGACUUUUUGGAUCUUGAUGCCACAGUUGAUGGAUCAACUAAGACCACAACGAAGGAGGAUUUGUCUUCCCAAGAUUGUGGGUAUUCGCCUUAUUGGCAGGGUUAUGUGUUGUCCAACUACUUAUACUAUAGUUCCUUGGUUAUGCAUUUCAUUGGGUUCGCACACAGGUUUCUUCAUGCUGAUGUGGAAAUUAUAGUCCAGAUGGUCUUGAAGGUUAUAAGUAUAUUGACUCAAUCCAAAGAGUUAGUUGACCUUAUAAAGAUGGUGGACUGUGUUUUCCAUUCAAAACAAACUGGGACAGGAAAGCCACUGCUCAAUAGCUUGUAUAGAUAUUUACCUUCAAUCCGUGAACAGUUGAAGGACUGGGAGGAUGGACUAUCUGAGACAGAUGCUGAUGGAUCUUUCUUGCAUGAGAAUUGGAACAAAGACUUGCAUCUCUUUAGUUGUGGAGAAGAUGGUGGCCAGCAACUACUUCAGUUGUUCAUACUGCGAGCAGAAGCUGAGUUGCAGGCCAUUUCUGGUGACAAUCUUGCUCAGAAUCUUCAAUGUAUAGAUUCAUUGAAAGCACAGGUGAGCUGCUUAUAUGGUGGCCACACGGUGAAGCCAGUGUCAUUUUCUCUGGAACCAAAACAGCAGCAACAGGCCCGCGAUGACAUAUUCAAGCCCAGAAGAGUUGGCAGUCAUACAUUGGCGAAUGUAAAAUACAAGGGUGACUGGAUGAAGCGCCCCAUCUCCGAUGAUGAGGUCGCAUGGCUUGCAAAACUCUUUGUCUGGUUGUCAGAUUGGCUGAAUGAGAAUCUCAGAAUCAAUCAGCCGGAUAAUGGCCAGCUAGGCCCGACAUGGUCUUAUGUAGAGGUUUCAAGGGAUGAUGCAGACAAUGUAUGUGGAUCCGCGGAGACAGUGAAGGCAGUCUUGUGUGCUCUUGGUUCUUGGAUUCUUAUGCUGGGUACAACAGUGGUGAGGCUAAUGAAAAAACAUGGUCUAAGGGUGAACCUUCGGAUCUUAGCAUCAAAGAAGGUCGUCAUGGUUUUGCUUUUGUAUGCUGUAUUUAGUAUUCUCAGGAAAGCUUUUGGACAUUUUCGCAGGGUGUAGAUAAGGGUGGAAAAGGAGUUUUGAUGAAAAAAAAAAAAAACAAAGAACGUUUAUACAGGAUGGGGGAAUACCUUUUUACCUUCAGGGAGUUUUGUUUGCCUCUUUGUAAGUAAUUGUUAAAUGUCAGCAUGAAAGGUUGUACUAGUUAUUUGUUUCUUAA